UUCCCACCCCCACCAUGCCUCCCCGCCUCCCCCUCCCUCCCCGGAACCCUAGCCUACCCUAGGGCAGCACCAGCGACAGCGCCAGGCUUGAUCUGCUACUUCCUUCCCAUGGCGUCCUCGGCGGGCGGUGGUGGGGAGUACUCCUUCGCGGCGGAGUACGACGGCCCGCCGCUCCCCUAUUCGCUCCCGCGGGCCAUCCCGCUCGACCUCUCGCGCAUCCCGCUCGCCUCGCUCUCGUCGCCCGCGUCCCCGCCGCCGCCCACGGCGUCGCCGCUCCCCGUCGUGCGGCCGCUCACGCCGUCGUCGCUCUGCUCGGCCAUCCACGGCCACCGCGCCGGGGUGGCUGGUGCUGGUGCUGGUGCUGCGGCGGCGCAGUCGUCGUCGUCCUCCGCCGUCGCCUCCGCGGGUGCCGGGGGUGGUGCUGCGGCGGCGGUGGACUCCCCCACCUCGGUCAUCGAGAACCACCACGCGGCUCUCCACCACUCCGCCGAGCUCCCGUCGUCCCCCUCCGACGACGAGAACGCGGAUGACGACGACGAGGACGGCUACGAUGCGCCGCCGUUGAAGGCCCACCAGCCUGCGGUCACCUUCGCGGAGACCAGCGGCUCCCUCCUCCAUUCCUCGGAAGACGAGGACGAGGACCAGGACGAGGACGAGGAGGGAUACGGCGACGAGCCCCUGCCCGCGCGAUCCAGCGGCUCCCUCUCUCCCGCGCGCUGGAGGGGAGCAGCCAAGUCCAGCGGUUGCUUCAGAUGCGGGAAAGGGGGCAGCUUCUUUGGCCGCGGGGACAAGGAGGCAUGCCUCGCCUGCGGCGCGCGCUACUGCGCGGGGUGCUUGCUCCGGGCGAUGGGGUCCAUGCCGGAGGGGCGCAAGUGCCUGGACUGCAUAGGGCGGCCGGUGGCCGAGUCGAAGCGGGAUUCACUGGGGAGGGGCUCACGCGUGCUGCGGCGGCUUCUCAGCGCUGCGGAGGUGGAGCUUGUCAUGAGGAGUGAGCGGGAAUGCGCUGCCAACCAGCUGCGACCGGAGGACGUGUACGUGAACGGUACCAAGCUGUCGCCGGAGGAACUCGUCAUGCUGCAGGGGUGUCAAUGUCCUCCUUCCAAGCUACGGCCUGGCUUCUAUUGGUACGACAAGGUUUCCGGCUUCUGGGGAAAGGAAGGUCACAAGCCCCAUUGCAUAAUAAGUCCAAAUCUAAAUGUUGGAGGCGCUCUAGAUCAAAAGGCCAGCAAUGGAAACACAGGGAUCUUGAUAAAUGGCCGAGAAAUUACAAAAUCGGAGCUGCAAAUGCUUAAGUUGGCAGGAGUUCAAUGUGCUGGGAAACCUCACUUUUGGGUGAAUGCUGAUGGGACUUACCAAGAGGAAGGACAAAAAACUGUUAAAGGCAAGAUUUGGGACAAGCCUAUAGUGAAGCUACUUAGUCCUGUCCUAUCACUGCCAACGCCUAACAGAGCAAAUAAUCAAUGCGGUGAAGAACCAGUAAACGUGGUAAAUCGAGCCAUACCUGACUACUUGGAGCAAAGGACCAUUCAGAAGCUCUUGUUGGUUGGGUCAGGGACAAGCACCAUACUCAAGCAGGCCAAGUUCUUGUACAAGAGCAAACCAUUUUCUGUGGAGGAGUGUGAAGAUCUCAAACUUAUCAUACAAAGUAACAUAUACAACUACCUUGGUAUACUACUUGAAGGACGUGAAAGGUUUGAAGAGGAAGCUAUAGCUGAUAGAAGAACUACCUGCCAAAGUGAUCCUUCUAGCUCUGGCCAUUGUGAACCAGAGCUUUGCAAUGAAGUUACUGAGUACUCUAUUCCUCCUCGGCUGAAAGCAUUCUCUGAUUGGAUUCUGAAAGCUAUGGCUAUAGGUAAUCUUGAAGACAUUUUUCCUGCAGCUAGUCGGGAAUAUGCACCACUGGUUGAGGAAUUAUGGAAAGAUCCUGCUAUUCAAGCUACAUAUAAACGCGGAAGUGAACUACCCUUCCUUUCAUCUGCUGCUAGUUAUUUCCUUGACAAGGCUGUCGAUAUUUCCCGAAUGGAGUAUGAGCUCUCUGAUAUGGAUAUCCUUUAUGCUGAUGGGAUAACAUCCUCGGAUGGGUUAGCAUCUACAGAUUUCUCUUUCCCACAACUGGCUUUGGAUGGGCGGGGUUUUGAUGAGCCUGAUCCACAAGACACUUUGCUACGGUACCAGCUGAUCAGAAUAAACAACAAAGGAUUGCAUGAGAACUGUAAAUGGCUGCAAAUGUUCGACGAUGUGAGGCUUGUUAUCUUCUGUGUUGCAGUCAGCGACUACGAUGAGUAUUACGAUGAUGCAAAUGGCAAUGUUGUGAACAAGAUGAUGGAGACCAGGCAGCUAUUUGAGAGCAUUGCCCUUCAUCCGAUAUUUGCACAGAUGGACUUCCUUCUACUUCUCACCAAGUUUGAUAUCCUAGAGCAGAAGAUCAGCAAAUCUCCUUUAACAUCAUGCGACUGGUUCAGCGACUUCACUCCCCUGGUAAGCCGCAAUCUGAUCAACGGCACCAGCAAAAGCUCGCGCGGCAGCUCCACCGGCGCGACAUUGGCACAGAUGGCCGCCCACUACAUCGCAGUGAAGUUCAAGAGCCUAUUCCAGUCGUUCACGGAGCGGAAACUCUAUGUCUCCUACGUGAACGCCUUGGACCAGGAAUCGGUCCGCUCUGCGAUCCGCUAUGGCAGGGAGAUCAUCAAGUGGGAAGAUGAGAAGCCCGUGUUUGGGUCCAGCGAGACGAUAUACAGCGAGGAGCCGAGCUCCUACUCUCACUGACCUCAGCGACAUUGCUUUCGCUGUGUUUUCAGAUGACCAAAGAGGUGUAAAUAGCUGUGAAUGCAUUUCCUGUCUCUCAACCCCUCUUUCUUUAGAGUUUUUUUUCCCCCCAUUUUCAUUUUCCUCCCUUUGUUGCCUAGCAAGAUCAUCGGCUUGUAUGGUUUAGUUGUUUACAAGUAGGGUGAGAUGCAAGAUGUCUUCCUGAUUCUUAUUCUGAUUCUUGUAUGUAUGGAAUAUAUAGUCUUUAAAUUAACAUGGUGCUGAUUCCUGUAA